CAUGUACAUUUGACAAAUAUUUUUGUUAGGUUGGUAUUGGUACGUAAUCAUUUGUAAAAGCGUCGUUGUUUGUACGUAAAAACGGUUUUUGAUCAAAUUUUAACUUAUAGGUCGGAACUUUUACUUAUAAGAAAAAAUGUCAUCAUAUGAAAGUCACGGUUACUUUACAGAGAACGGUACAUUUAAAGAUUUAAAUCCGUUAACGACCGGAACAGUUGGUGAUUUUACACCAUUUUAUAUUACAAUUGCGAUCUGUACAAUCCUGUUGACGUUUAUGAUAAUUCUAAACAUUAUUUGCUGCUGCUCCAAGUACUCGGAUUAUUGGCUAGAUCGUCACACCGGUAAUCGUUGGAUAGUAUCUAUAUGGGCAGCCACUCCUCACCGUCAGCCGCCACUUGAUUUCACUGAGAUUCAAGUCCACGGUCAAACUUUUCAAUUUGCACCAUAUCCUUCUAAAGAUUAUCAAGAGGUUCGUAAAAGUGAGUCAGUUGUUCCGUCAAUUUCACAACAACCUUUGACAUAUCAAGAUCUACACGAAAGAGAGAGUGACAUAUAAUAAU